CCCUGCGGCGCGGGCGCUUCUGGGGACGUGUCUGAGGGCGAUGGCGGCCGGGGCGGGCGCGGCGCCGCCCGGGGAGGUGGACGAGCUGUUCGACCUCAGGAACAGCUUCUACAUCGGCGCCUACCAGGCCGCCAUCAACGAGGCGCAGCGGGCCAAGCCGUCCAGCCCCGAGAAGGAGGUGGAGAGGGACGUGUUCCUGUUCCGAGCCUACAUCGCCCAGAGGAAAUACGGGGUGGUCCUGGACGAGAUCAAGGGCAGCGCCAGCGCGGAGCUGCAGGCAGUGAGGAUGUUCGCAGAGUUCCUGUCCAGUGAGAGCCAGAGGGAUGCAAUUGUGGCAGAUCUGGACAAGAAGAUGGCCAAGAGCGUGGAUGUGGCCAACAGCACCUUCCUGCUGAUGGCAGCUUCCAUCUACUUCCACGAGCAGAAUGCUGACGCUGCCCUGCGCAGCCUGCACCAGGGCGAGAGCCUGGAAUGCUUGGCCAUGAUGAUCCAGAUCCUCCUGAAGCUCGACAGGCUCGACCUGGCCAGGAAGGAGCUGAAGAAAAUGCAGGAGCAGGAUGAGGACGCGACCCUGACCCAGCUGGCCACAGCCUGGGUGAACCUGGCCAUGGGCGGGGAGAAGCUCCAGGAUGCCUUUUACAUCUUCCAGGAGCUGGCAGACAAAUACUCCUCCACGCUGCUGCUGCUGAACGGCCAAGCCGCCUGCUGCAUGGCCCAGGGCAAGUGGGACGACGCCGAGGGAGUGCUCCAGGAGGCUCUGGACAAGGACAGCAGCCACCCUGAGACCCUGCUGAACCUCGUGGUCCUGUCCCAGCACUUGGGCAAACCCCCAGAGGUCACCAAUCGUUACCUGUCGCAGCUGAAGGAUGCUCACAAAAACCACCCCUUCAUCAAGGAGUACCAGGCCAAGGAGAACGACUUUGACCGCCUGGCCCUGCAAUAUGCACCCAGUGCCUGAGCUGGGCUGGGACAGCCCUGGGACAGCCCUGGGACAGCCCUUCCAGCUGGGAUUGACGUAGGAAUUCCCUCUGGGACACGGAAAAUCCCCCCUGGAACUCCAAAAAUUCCCUCUGGAACUCAGAAAAUCCCCCCUGGAACACGAAAAAUCCCCUCUGCACCCCAGCAGCUGUGGGAACACCCGAAUUUGGGGGAUGGAAGCCCCACCUGAGCCCUGAACUCUGCUUAAAGGACACUGCAGAUCCAGAUCCAUUCCUAAUAAAGCCUUUCCUGGA